AUGCCCGCCGAUCCAUCGCCCACCGGCUCCGUCCGCUCCAUCGCCUCGAGCCGAUCAGGAACCCUCUCGCGACCGCCGCCUCCGCCCAAACCCUCGCAUCUCUCCUCAGCCUUCACGGGCACCUGCAACUCGAUCGCCCUCCGCCACUACAUCCAGGAACACACCACAGGCGGCUCGGGCACAAUCAGCAAGGCCCAUCUCGGUCAUGGCUACGACACUUCGACCGUAGAUCACUUUGUCGACGCCUUCGACUCGGCCAGCGACGAUGAUGAUGGCAACCACGACAUCGCUGCUAGGCCCACCGUUCGCGGCAGAACAUACACCGCUCCCUCUGUCAGCCGCAUCUUUGAUCAGAGCACCGACGACAACGACACCUUUGACACCGCACGCCUCGUCCGAAAUGAACCUAUUUCCAUCACCGGUGCAGGCCCUUCUCGCGUCGGCAACUUGCGCAACCUCUUCGAAGCGGCCGCGCCUACACCGUCCGCAUUUGUGCCGCUGUCUAGGCAGAAUACGGGCGUGAAGGCAAAUCACACCGGUACAAAGCCAAAGAUCAGCAGCCACGUUCGCAUGCUCCAGGCACAGAUCACCGGCGACAGAUUCAACGGCAUGGCAGGCGCUUUCCACGUCGCAGAUGCGCGCUCUUCCAUCAUCCUCGAGACAGCCGCCAACCACAAGCAGGAAGCGACCGAACAGAGUCAAGAUGAUUACGACAUCUAUCGCACCGCCACCCAGGACCUCCUCGGCGACGCACUCAAGAUGGAUGCAGUCGUCAUGCCCCCGCUCUCCGACACCAUCUGUGUGGCACAGCCCAAACCCAGCAGCUCCUCACAAGCUCAUGCCACAGUUUCUCGUUCAACAUCGCUCAACUGCGAUCCUUCCGCGCAGCAUGACCGCACCGAGAGCUCGGCGACCAUUCGGCCAAGCUACGCAAGCAAAGCCCCCGCUUCUCCCUCCAAGCCUCAAGUUGGCAGCCCCUCUGACCCGUCGGAAGUCGUUCCCAGCACCAUUCGUGUCCGCCCAGCUCGACAGGCCAACGGAGCAGCCAAGCAAGGCCAUCUGAGCUCCAUCUUCACCGCAAGCCCGACAUCGUCCCACCGCGGCGACGACCACGUUGGCUCAAGCAUCUCGCCUUCCCCGAGCGGCGUCUCCGUCGCCAGCAACUCCUCAUCGCAACAGGACACGGAAGCUGAGAGAUCCAGAGAACCAUCCAUGCUGCUAGCAGAUGACCAAGACAUUAGCUUCUCCCAGGUCAGUCAACACCUGCGUGCCAACGACGGCAGCUGCUUCGAUCUCGACUGGGGCAACAACUCGAGCCCCUCAAAAGCGGCCUCGGUCCGACGUGCGCUGCUCAGCAGCCCAGCAGCACAGACGCCCCUCGAAGAUGUCGACGAAGCAACAAUCGAUGUCAAUCCCCGCCGCGAGCAGGAAAAGAACCCAGAAGUUGGCGAGGCACUGCCACAAGCCGACUCAGCUCGACCUCCUUCCAUCCGCGUCCAAGACCAGCCCAGCUCCGACACGCCAACCGUCCAGCCUGAAGGACAAUCUGAGCCUGAAGCCAGUGCGCUCAGUGCGCGACCGUCCUCAAAGCUGCAGCCACCACGUCCAGUCAGCACCCGCGGUCCACAAUCGGGAUUCGGCAGGCCCGCUCGCGCGCUCUACGACUUUGAGGGCGAGGUUGCUUUCAACGAGCUCGUCAUCAAGGCAGGCCAGUCCUUCGAGAUCCUCAGCGAUCAGCUCGCAGGCGGAUGGAGUCUCGGUCUCGUGUGGGAUGCUGACGGCAAUCCUACACGCGGGCUCAUCCCGCAGGGAUGGUACUGCUACAUUCGAGAUUUCACUCGGUCUCCUCCGCCAAGUGCCGGUGCCGCACCGCCUGCCACGCCUGAUCUUGUCACCAAGAACGCCGACGCACAAGAUGCCACCUUGCCACCAAGCGCAUUCUUGGAUGACAGGAGCGCUGACAACGUACUUGAAGAGACCGCUGCUUCAGUUCCACAGAAGAUCGAGCAAGCAACAAGCCCAUCCGGACCUGUCGAUCGUGAACUCGCGCUGGAGAGCAACGAACCUCUCUCAUCCGAGGUCGAGAUCGCACACAAGUCGACGUCGCCGCAAAGCGCGCGCACAUCAGCACCCGUGUCGGCGGAUUCCAGCGGGCCCUCCUGCAGUCGUGAGUCUUCAAGGCCUCACACGCCCAACUCUGCUGACGCCGCCUUGGUUGAUGCAGAUCCGGCAGCUGUUUGGCAGACGUCCGAAGAUGUCCAUUCCAAGCUUGUCACAGAGGUCGAGAGCUCGACAUCUAUUCCAGCCGUGAAUCCCACGGCCAUCGAUGGACUGCCCGCCCCGUCCGACCCGGACCAUCCAAUCGACUGGUCCGCUAUGGCCGAAUCGCAGGUAUGGGCCGAAGAAGAACGAAUCUCUCCAGAGCACGAUGGGCGCCCGGCAGUUUCUAGCCCGGCAGCUACUCCUGCACUCGAGACCACCGAUCCCAGCGCUUCUGCCGGCUCCGACUGGACGGGCAGCAUCUUUGGCAAAAAGACGUUCAAUCGCUUCGUUAGCUUUGUCACCAGCGGCGCCGAGGACUUCGUGCUGUCCAGCUCCGACGCUGGUGAGGAGGAGCGCUCUCGGAUCAUGGUCCGAAAGGUCUCAGGUAGCAAGUCGACCUCUGGGGUCGCAGCUCUCGCCCAAGUUGCGGAGGAGCCGGAGGGCGCGGCAGACCUGCCUGCUGGCUUGGAGACCAAGUCAUACGAGUCCACGCCUGCCCUUCAAGCUCAGGGUGGCGCGGUGAAAAGCGAUCAGAGCCAACACUUUGUCAUCGCGGGCGCCGCUGGCCCAAAGUGGAAGAGCCAGCUUCCGUGUUUCCUGGUCCAAGUUCACCAUCCCGAGAAGCGCACCAGGCUCAAUGGAAUGCAAGAGUACACGGUGUACCACGUCACCAGCACGUAUCCGAUCGACGCUCCAGACGGCGUGUCAGGCGAGCAGAUGGACUCGGCGGCACAGGCCACUGGCACCGUACCCUACGACCCGCUCGGGGGCCCGUAUCCGCCAGGAGCUCAAGUCACCGUUGUACGCCGCUUCACCCAGUUCGAGUGGCUGCGCCUGGUCCUGACCAGGCACUACUCUGCGCUGCUCAUCCCUCCCUUGCCCGAGAAGCAGUACUCGGGCCGCUUCGCUUCCGACUUUAUCGAGACACGCCGCGCCGACCUCGAGAUGUGGAUCUCGCGUCUGGUCCGACAUCCGGUGCUGCGUUAUUCCGAGCCCAUUCGAUUCUUCCUCAGCUGCGAGAACGAGAACGAGUGGCGAAGCAAGGCCGCAAUUCUUCUUCACGAUGGAGCAUCCGAGGGCGUUUCCAAGGGCGGCGUGUUUGACAACACGUGGCAUCCAGACUUCAACUUUGACGCCGGCGAGGCCGAGGUGGAAGCCGAGCGUAUGGACGCUUUCCUCAAGGCGCUCGAAAAGACCAUCAACGGAGUCGGCGGGCACAAUGCAGGCAGGCAAGGUGUGCUUGCUGCCUACAAGGGUCACCGCGAAGGCAACGUCGCCAUCUCAUCGACGUACCGUGAUCUCUCGUACACUCUGCUGCGAACGUUGACAGGCGCAGGGGCGGGCCCGGCGGACGAAGGAUCGACGAGUGCAGCGCUGUUGGAUGAAGACGCACAUCGUAUCCACGGCCCGCCGAUGGGCAACGUGGGUCGUCGAAGCGAGACGGGGGCUACCAACGAGCACGGCGCGUGGUGCUGGAGGGAAGACUGCCAGGACUGCCUCAACCUCACGAGCGCGCUGCAGAACACGGCCGAGUGUCUGCAGAGCGUGGCAGACAUUUACGAGCACCAUGCACGAGAUGCGCUGCUGCGCCAGCACGAGCGGUACAAGGAACUUUCGCGCCCGCACACCAUGGCGCAGGCGCUGCUCGACACGCAUCGAACCACGCUCGCCAAGUACCGCGAGGCGACUGGCGAGGCGGAGCCCUGGGGCGAUGAUGCCGAGCUGGACGACGCUGUGCCAAGCAACGGUGCACACUUGCCGAGGGAGGACGCGGAGCAGCUGGCGGCGCGGUGCGAGACGGUGGUCAACGUGACCAUGAGCGAGAUGGAUCGGGUGCACGACGAGCGGGUGCAGGACUUCCAUGCGCUUGGACGCAGCUUACUUGACGGCGAGAUUGAGCUGUACGAGGGGAUCCUCGAGCAGCUCAAAGCGGCGCGCCUGCACUACGACGAGGAGUACUACGAGCGCGAGUCCGACUUCCACGUACUGGCGAGUAGGUAUCAGCCGGAGCUGUCUAGGCCCAAGAAGCCUGCGGCGCCGCUGCUCAUGCCGAGUGCGGCGCACGGUCCGCCUGGCGGGCUCGGGCGCGCAGCGGGCGGUGUUGGUCUGCUGCUGAGCCAAGCGACCGGCGCAGGAGUGACACGCCCUGCGAGCAUCGGCGUGGAGUGUAGCGAUCGAUCGCCGCUCGCGUCGCCGCGUCGAGGUGAGCUCGGCCUGUCUCGAGCGGACCUCGACUCCGGCGCGGGAAGGACAACGGGCGGUGGGCUCUUGAGCACGCUGCUCGUUCCGUCGGUGCUUCGCGGCCGGACUGCAGGCGACGGUGAAAGCAAGCCGACGCAUCUGGCUGAUACGACCAACGUCCAGCCCAGCCACGCAGAUGCGGCACUCAAGGCGCUCGCGCGCAAACACGCGGCGCCGCCCGCACACGACGCCUCUCGCUCCUCGUCGUACUUUUCCGCCAUAUGGAGGUAG